AUGGGCGAGCAAAUUCCAGUUCACAAGAAGUUCAACACUGAACUCACGGAUUACUCCGUCGAGCAUCAUGGCGAUAAAGGUGUCUAUGCCGAUAAUCUCGAAGUAGACGCUCUUGUCGUCGGUGCUGGCUUCGCUGGUAUCUUCAUGCUCAAGACCCUCCGUGAUCGCGGUUACAAGACUGUUAUUUACGAAGCUGGCAACGAUACUGGGGGCACUUGGCGAUGGAAUUGCUACCCCGGUGCGGGUGUUGACUCUGAAGUCCCUGAAUACGAAUUCAGCUGGCCAGAGGUUUACAAUACCUGGACUUGGCCUUGCAAUUAUCCUACUUACGCUGAUCUUCGUGCUUACUUUGACCAUGUCGAUAAGGUCAUUGGUGUCAAGAAGGAUUGCGCUUUCAACACUGUCGUUGUUGGCGGGAAGUUUGAUACCGAGAGCGGUCGCUGGCAUAUUCGCACAGCCGAUGGUCGUGUCGCCAAGGCCAAGUAUCUCGUCCUAGGCACUGGUUUCGCUGCUCGUCGCUAUAUCCCUGACUGGCCCGGCAUGGACAAGUUCAAGGGCAUCAUUCAUCACUCCUCCUUCUGGCCCGACGAAAAGGUCGACGUCACCAACAAGCGCUGCGCCAUCAUCGGCACCGGAGCAUCAGGCGUUCAGAUCACCCAGGCCUGGGGUCCUGAAGCCGGCCAUCUCAAGGUCUUCCAGCGAACACCCAACCUCGCCGUCCCCAUGCGUCGCAAGUAUCCUUCAGCUGAUGAACAAAACCAAGCCAAGAAGUUCUACCCCGAACUGUUCCGAUACCGCGAGGAGAACUUCGCAGGCUUCCAUUACGACUGGUACGAGAAGAACACCUUUGACGAUACACCCGAAGACCGUGAGGCCCUGUACGAGCAGGUCUGGGCCGACGGUGGUUUCAGAUACUGGGUCGCUGUGUACAAGGACAACUUGUUCAACGCCGAGGCGAACAAGGAGUCUUACAAGUUCUGGGCUAAGAAGACGCGCAACAGGAUCGGCGAUCCUAAGAAGCGUGAUCUUCUUGCGCCGAAUGUGGAUCAGAUGCCGCAUUACUUUGGUAUCAAGAGACCGUGUCUCGAGUAUGAUUAUUACGAGCAGUUCAACAGGGAGAACGUGGAUGUUGUUGAUAUCAAGAAUAAUGCGAUCAAGGAGUUUACCGAGACGGGCAUUACGCUGGAGGACGGGACGCAUCAUGAAUUUGAUGUCAUUGCUGUUGCGACGGGAUUUGAUGUUGUCACUGGUGUGAUGACGCAGCUUGGUCUUCAGAGCAUUGAGGGCGCUGAACUAGAGAAGGAAUGGAAGACUGGCGCCACGACUUACCUCGGCGUCACUACCCCUGGCUAUCCUAACAUGUUCCAUAUCUACGGUCCCCACGGCCCAACUCUUCUCAGCAACGGCCUCCAAGGCCGCUGGAUCGUUGAUUGCAUCGACAAGAUCAAGAACAACAACAUCAAGUACAUCAACCCCGAGAAGAAGGCUGGCGAGGAAUGGAAGAAGCAUAUCGUCGAUCUCAACAACAGGACUCUCUUCCCCACCACUCGGUCAACAUACAUGGGCGGCUCUAUCCCUGGCAAGAUCUACGAACCUGUUUGUUACUCUGGUGGUAUUCCUGCGUACAAGAUUGAGAUUCGCGAGGCCCUUGAUACUAUGAAGGGUUUUGAGAUCGUCAAGAAUAAAUAG